AUGGCGUGCAUGAAACUGGGCUCGAAAUCUGAAGCAUUUCAUCGCGAUGGCCAAUCUUGGCAUUGCACAUCCGGCCUCCAGAGUGACGUCACAAUUGAAAUCGGAGAAAUGUCUUUUCAUCUUCACAAGUUUCCUUUGCUGUCGAGAAGUGGGCUUCUUGAGAAACUUAUUGGUGAAUCUCAGAGUGUUGAUGGAUCUGUAUGUGCUUUACAACUUGGUCAGUUACCGGGUGGAGCUAAAGCUUUUGAGUUACUAGCCAAAUUCUGCUAUGGCAUUAAAAUAGAACUCACUUCGAUGAAUGUUGUGAGUCUUAGAUGUGCAGCUGACUACCUUCAAAUGAAUGAAGAGUAUGGGGAGGGAAAUCUCAUUGUACAAACAGAAGCUUUUCUUAACGAGGUUUUUAGCAAUUGGACGGACACAAUAAAAGCUCUUGAAACGUGUGAAGAAGUUCUUCCACACGCUGAGGAGCUCCACAUUGUCUCAAGAUGUAUUCACUCCUUGGCAAUGAAAGCUUGUGCUGAUCCGAAGUUAUUCAAUUGGCCUGUGUCCAGGUGCAAUGAGGCAGGGCGGCCAUCAGGUGCUUCCCUAUGGAACGGUAUAUGUACUUCAAUAAAACCACAGCCUCUAAGUGAUGAUUGGUGGUUUGAGGAUGUUUCAUUCCUGAGUUUACCUCUAUAUAAACGGUUGAUUCAAGCUGUCGAAGUGGGAGGCAUGACGCCCGAGAAUAUUGCUGGGGCUCUCGUGUUCUACGCUAAGAAAUACAUUCCCCAGAUGAAUAGGCAGUCGAGCUUCAAGAACUUAAAUUCGGGUUCAACAAUUUCUAUCCCAUCCGAGGCAGACCAGAGGGCACUUCUUGAAGAGAUAGUUGAGAUACUUCCAAACCAGAAAGGAGUAAUACAUACUCGGUUCCUACUUAGGUUGCUCCGGACUGCUAUGGUUUUGCAGUCGAGUCCAUCUUGCAGGGAAAACUUGGAGAGAAGGAUUGGGCUGCAGUUAGACCUAGCAGCUUUGGAAGAUCUACUAAUACCGAACAUGGGAUAUUCUGUGGAAACUUUAUAUGACAUAGACUGUUUUCAGAGGAUUCUAGACAAUUUCAUGUCAAUAGACCAGCCUUCUGCUGCUGCUUCUCCAUGUAUAGUCGAAGAAAGUCAGCUAAUGGAAGGGACCCAUUCGUUGACUUCAAUGACAAUGGUGGCGAAUCUGGUCGAUGCGUAUCUUUCUGAUGUGUCAGCAGACGUUAAUUUGAAGUUCCCUAAAUUCCAGUCCCUAGCUGCUGCUGUUCCUGAUUAUGCAAGGCCAAUAUCUGACGGCAUUUAUCGUGCAAUUGAUAUAUAUUUGAAGGCACAUCCUUGGCUCACAGACUCUGAGCGAGAGCAAAUAUGUAGGCUCAUGAACUGCCAAAAGCUCUCAUUGGAGGCAAGUACUCAUGCCGCCCAAAAUGAGAGACUGCCCCUCAGAGUGAUUGUGCAAGUCUUAUUUUUCGAACAGCUGAGGCUACGGACAUCCAUUUCUGGUUGGUUCUUUGUUUCCGACAAUCUUGAGAACUCUCAAAAUCCCAAUUUCUCGAAAAAUGAUGGCAUAGAGGAUAUGAGGGAACGUGUGUCUGAUCUUGAGAAGGAGUGUCAAAGCAUGAGAAAGGACUUCCAGAAACUGGUUAAGACAAAGAGAAGUUGGAAUAUAUUUUGGAGGAGAAAAUCACACAACGUCAAUGCUAAGUCAUCGCAGCCAAUCGAUACAAAGACACGGCAACCAUGUGCCAAUGGACUCCAACACGAAAAUGGAGAAAGGUAA